AAACAGUCUUUACUUUUUUUGGAUCGUGAACGAAAGCGGAUUGGAGAAAAAUGAAGGUUGCCUUGGCCAUUUUUUGUAGUUUGCUUUUAUUUCUUUCAGUGACAGCAAAAGUCGAUUACACCGGGCAUGUGGUGAUCCGUGCGAUUCCUGAAACGAAAGACCAACUGGAACUUUUGAACGGUUGGUUCUCGCAAACGAGCAGUUUCCUCGAAUUCUGGUUCCCACCGAGCAAAAUCAACAAGUUUGUCGACAUUCGCGUACAUCCCGAAUGGUACAACCAUGUCGUGGAAACCUUAACUCGCAUGAACGUUAAUCAUAAAAUUCAUAUUGCGAAUAUUGGGGACUUGGUGCGACAGGAACAAGAGACCAUCGCUCUCCGACGUGCACUUUACAGUGGAAAAGCAAUUGAUCAUGAAAAUUACCACACAUACGAAGAGGUGAUGGCUUACCUGGCUGAUUUGGCUAAUACGAAUCCAAUAGUGUCGACGAAGGUUGGAGGAAUAACUGCAGAGGGUCGUGACAUUGUUCAAUUAAUUAUCAGCACUGAUCUUUCUGCCAACAAACCUGUUGAGUUCUUUGAAUGCAACGUACAUGCAAGAGAGUGGAUUACGGCUGCAACAUGCAUUUGGAUUAUUGACCAGAUAACUACUGGGUAUGGUUCUGAUCCCGAAAUUACCGAUCUUGUCGAUAGAUACGAUUGGAAGUUCGUGCCAAUCGCCAAUCCAGAUGGUUAUGCGUACACCUGGAGUGACGAUCGCCUGUGGAGAAAAAACCGUGUCUUGACAAGUAAUGACACAUGUCGCGGUGUCGAUAUCAAUCGUAACUUUCCUAUUGGUUUUGGUAGCCCUGAUGGUGGAUCUGAUUCUCCCUGCUCUACAACUUACCGCGGAGAAGGACCACUUUCUGAGAUAGAAUCCAACACAAUUAAAGACUUGAUUGGUGCCGAUCGUGGGAGAAUCAGGUCAGCCAUUUCCGUUCAUUCCUAUGAUCAGCAAUGGCUAUCGCCUUAUGGAUAUUCCACUGCGUAUCCACUUGAGUACGCAGAAAUGUACCGUGUCAUGGAAAUAGGCGUCAAUGCACUUACGGCCACUUACGGAACACAGUACACAUACGGCAGUUUUGCUAACGCACUCUAUCUCGGAUCGGGUGUUACCACCGAUUAUUAUUACGAAGGUGAAGGAAUACUACACUCCUACACCGUUGAGCUUCGUGACCUAGGCACUUAUGGAUUUGUUUUACCACCUGAUCAAAUUGUUCCGACAGCCAUUGAGACGUGGAAUGGAAUCAAAGCCUUUGUCAAUGCCAUAUAAACGUUUGACUUGAUUGAGCUGCUAACUUUCCAACACCCACAGCACGAAUGAUUUACUGUUUUGCAUGUCUUUUAAGAUUUCCGUUAUCUUCAGCACUUUAGGUCUGUACUUUAUUGUAAGAAAACAAUAGUAAACAUAAAGGAACAAAACUUAAA